AACGAAAUUGAGAAAAGUAGCCUUCGCCUCAAAUCUCAAAAUAUUAGAAUAACAAAAAGAAGAGAGAGAAAGAAAGAAAGAGAGAGAGAGAGAGAGAGUGAUGGGGAUCUAAUUUCAGAGAACAGGGGCCGGGCAACAGCACGGGCACUCGGGCAGUGUUUUAGGGCAGCACCGGAGCUGCCGAUUCUUUGCGGUGGUGGUGGUGGUCCACCGUUUCCGUCGGUGUUACGGCCGUGGGGGAGUUUUACAGCGGCGGCGAUCUAACGGCAAAAGAAGUUGGGAAUGUUGAUUAGAUCCAAUUGAUUUUGAUUCCACAAGAUGUCAAUUUGAUUUGAUUCCAUUUAUCUUAUCUUUGAUCUCAUCUUCAUACUUUUUUAUUUUUCCUGCUCAUCAAUUAUACCCACUCACUCUUUCUCUCUCCUCUCUCAUCUUUUUCUCUCUCUUAUUACUCUCCAUACUCCACCCACCGGUUUUCUUUCCUCAGGUUUUCUGUAACUCAUUUCAGUGAAUGUAUUGAAAGACCGGGUUAGUAUUUAAACUAACAAGAUGUCUUUCAAGGGCAUUGUAAGGGAACUUAAAGAGAUGAGGGACGGAAUCGGAAACCGGUCUAGGCGAGGUGGUGGAGAAGGGGGGAGGCAUUGGCGUGGUAGAACGAGGUCGCAUAUUGCGCCUGAUCAAACUUCUUCACACAAUGCUGAAGAAGUUGAGCAAGGUCGGUGGGCGAGUUUGCCUUCCGAGUUGCUUUUGGAUAUAAUUAAGAGGGUUGAAGAUAGUGAGACGUCAUGGCCUGCAAGAAGUGUUGUUGUGUUUUGUGCUGCUGUUUGUCGAUCUUGGAGAGACGUUACCAAGGAAAUCGUUCAGACUCCCGAACAAUGUGGAAAGCUCACUUUUCCUAUCUCUUUGAAGCAGCCUGGAUCGCGUGAUCAGCCUAUACAAUGCUAUAUUAAAAGGGAUCGGGCUACUUCUACUUUCCGCCUUUACUAUGGAUUGACACCAUCCGAAGACGAGAACGAUAAGUUGUUACUGGCUGCUAGGAAAAUCAGAAGAGCAACAAGCACAGAUUUUGUAAUAUCUUUGGUUGCAGACGACUUUUCAAGAGCUAGCAAUGCAUAUGUCGGAAAGCUCAGGUCGAAUUUUCUGGGCACUAAGUUCACCGUUUACGACAGCCAACCCCCACAAGACGCGGCAGUCAAAAGUAACAGUCGCUCUAGCCGGAGAUUCCAUUCAAAGCAGGUAUCUCCUAGAGUUUCUGCAUACAAUUACAGCAUAGCAAGCAUCUCUUACGAGCUCAGCGUUCUCCGCACCCGUGGGCCCAGGAGACUACAUUGUAUCAUUCAUUCAAUUCCCUUAGCUUCGAUUAAAGAGGGUGGCUCUGCCCCGACCCCUCAAUCGUUCCCCUUUUCAGUUGACGAGCCACCCUCACCAAGCAUCCACGGGAAGGACACACCCAUUAUCGGUUUUAGCACCACCAGUCUCCCGGACCCGAGUCCUACUGCCUUCUCGGAGGACCGGCUAAUCCUCAAAAAUAAAGCUCCUAGAUGGCACGAGCAACUGCAGUGUUGGUGCUUGAAUUUCAGAGGCCGAGUAACCGUUGCCUCGGUCAAGAACUUCCAGCUCGUGGCGUCCGUUGAGCCGCACCAUAAUAUCCCGGUUGCCGAGCAAGAAAAGGUAAUUCUGCAAUUUGGAAAGAUUGGAAAAGAUAUUUUCACCAUGGAUUAUCGCUAUCCGCUCUCUGCUUUUCAAGCGUUUGCGAUAUGUCUUAGCAGUUUCGACACUAAGCCAGCAUGCGAAUGAAUGACUUUUAGGGUUGGUACUUCUUCAAUGGUGGGAAUCUGUGUUGAUGGUCAUGAGAGCCUCACUUCUUCUUCUUAACUGUGGAAUCAUGGAAAUUUCUUAUUGUAGAACAUCAAUGGAUGUAUAUUUAUGGUGCCAGAAAAGUAGGGUAUGAUGUAAUUUCAGUUUUUUUUUUUAUUUCAACUGGUUAAAAUUUACAUGUAUUUGCCUCAACAAGAGAUGCUGGUGGUUCAUGCAACUUCUUUUGGCUA